CACCCACCAAAACGACAUUCCAAAGCACUUAGCUCGUGUUCUUGAGGCGCUCUAAUUUCUUCAGUCACGCGGUUAUUGCCGGUUCGAGGCACCAGAAUGACGGGCAGAAUCGUGGCACGCAUCAAAAGAUUACUUCCGAGCUGUGGCACGGCCCCCGAAGCCCUAGGCCCAGAAGCCGGCUUGGACUUGCGCGAAGAAUAUGCCAACGCCUUCCGCACGGAAUCCUACAACGAUUUCUGGGCACGCGUCCUCGCCCUUUCCGACGACAAUCCUCCCCCGCGCGACCCCGCCGGGUCGACCGCCGCCGCUCGCCUCCCCUCCUACCGCCUCUUCGUCGAGCAUCUCCUGGAGCCGGACCAGCCCGCCGUCAUACGGAUCCUCGACCUGGCCCGUAUCCGGCCCGCGCAGAAGUCCCUGUUGGCCGAGUACUUCUCCGAAACCGCCAAGGCCUCCGUCCUCUGCGGCGCCUUGCUGAAGCACGUCGACCGGACGCGGGUCCAAUACCGCUCCGUCAAAUCGGCCCUUCGGUCUCUCGGCAACUCCCAAUUCGGAUCGUUGAACCAAUUCCCCAACAUCGUAACCCGCCUGACCGAAUUCUUGAAUUGCGAGAGCCCGUUAACCUCGUCUUCUUCUUCUUCGACUGCCCAAAUGGAAUCCACCCAAGCCGGUUGUGCCGUGCUGUUGAGCCGGCUCGAGUCGAGCCGUAGCAAAGCGAAAGCCAAGCUCAAGACCAUCGACAGGCUCCAGCAUGGCUCGGCUAUGUUCCUUAUAGUCGUGACCGGCUCAUUGGCUAUAAUCAUCCUGUCUCAUGGCCUCGCGAUGCUGGUGGCUGCGCCGGCCGUAGCGGCCGCUUCGUUCGAAAUGGCUCCGGCCAAGGGCUUGAGAAAAGUGUUGGCUCAGCUGGACGCGGCUGCCAAAGGGACUUACACAUUGAAGAGGGACAUGGACACGAUUAGCCGGCUCGUGGCUCGGAUCAACGACGAGCUUGAGCACAUGCGCACGAUGGUUCGGUUUUGGCUCGACCGAGGAGACGACAAGAUCCAGGCCGGCGGGAAGGUGACCCUCGGCGAAAACGAGUGCAACUUCGCACAGCAGCUUGAUGAACUAGAGGAGCACUUGUACUUGUGUUUCAUGACCGUCAACAGGGCACGAAAUCUCGUUGUGAAGGAGCUUUUGGAUCCAAGUUAAAUCAAACGUAUAUGGAUCCUCUAUAUUUAUGAAAUAGUCAAUUCGAAAAUUA